AACUAAUGGAUCCAUAUCAUCAUAUACGUCAACAUUAUCAACCACCCUCUAGGCCAGAAUUGCAUCAAAAAUGCAAUCGUGGUUCACAUUCAAGUGAUACAAGUUCAGCAUACAGUGGCAGUGAUACAAUGGCAUCCGUUUACGGUUCAUCACUGGAUGGUGAGGAGAUUGAUUUCUCCGGUUUGGUGGAAUCCACCGUGGAUUCUGAUGAAGAAGAUUUGGCCGAAUCUAUGGACAGUCUCAAUGUCCGCGAUGCCGUACGUGAUUGUUUGGAAAAAGAUCCCUCCGAGCGAACCGAAGAAGAUGUUGAAAUUCUGCUCGAAUUUACGCAGGGCCUUAAGGCCUUUACAAAUAUUACAUUGGCCGUACGGCGAGCGCUGUGUUCCGUUAUGGUCUUUGCCGUGGUCGACAAAGCGGGAACAGUGGUUAUGUCCGAUGGCGAAGAAUUGGAUUCAUGGUCCGUGCUAAUUAACGGUGUGGUCGAAAUUGAACAUGCCAAUGGCGAACGUGAAGAAUUGCAGGUUGGCGAUUCCUUUGGCAUCCUACCCACAAUGGAUAAACUCUAUCAUAAGGGUGUUAUGCGCACCAAAUGUGAUGAUUGUCAGUUUGUGUGUAUCACCCAGACGGAUUAUUAUCGCAUACAGCAUCAGGGUGAGGAGAAUACGCGGCGACAUGAGGAUGAAGAGGGUCGCGUGGUUAUGGUCACAGAGCUGAGGCAGAUUGGUAGUAAUGAUGGCACUGGAGCGGGUGGUAGUGCAACGGCCCAAAGUUCGGCAGGAAAUGCCAAGAGGGGCCAUGUGGUGAUAAGAGGUACUCCCGAACGUUUGCUACAACAAUUGGUGGAGGAGAAUUCGAUGACCGAUCCCUUUUAUGUCGAAGAUUUUCUAUUGACCCAUCGGAUUUUUAUUAAAAAUUCUCAAGAAGUCACCCAAAAGUUGCUGAAUUGGUUUGAGGCCGAUGUCAAUGGUGUCGAGUCGGUACCAGGAAAAUUUGCCAGUCAUGCCACAGCCCAAGAGAUCCGAGAUCGUGUCACCCGCGUGGUUUUGCUGUGGGUCAACAAUCAUUUUACGGACUUCGAGGCCGAUCAUGAAAUGAUGGAAUUUUUGGAAAUAUUUGAAGCGGGUUUGGCUCGAAAAAAUCUGCUAAGUCAAUUGCGGCUACUGCACAUUGCCUGUGCGGCAAAGGCCCGCAAUCGUUCGUGUACCCUGACACGUUCCUCACGCGAUGAAUCGCUGAAUUUUACCAUAAUUGGAGGCUAUGAAAUGCGUGGAGCCUGUGUACCCACCGGAGGCUGUGGCAUUUAUAUUUCACAUGUCGAAAAGGAUUCCAAGGCCCAAGAAGCCGGACUGAAGCGUGGCGAUCAAAUUCACGAAGUGAAUGGUCAAAGUUUUGAACAUGUUACGAGUAAGCGAGCCCUGGAGAUCCUUAUGGGUUCGACACAUUUAAGUAUAACGGUGAAGAGUAAUCUGCUGGGUUUCAAAGAAAUGAUGCAGGCUGUGGAGAUGAGUACGAGUGGUGGUGCAGGUGGUAUGGGAUCGGCUAAUGGAAAUAUGGCAGCAUUGGGUUCUAAAUCGCUGCGUAGUCCUCGAAGGAUAUGUGCCAAUGAUGUGGCCAAGCUACAUGGUAGGGCGGAUUCAACCACAGAUGAUAUGACGGCGGCGGCAAAUAGGGCACACAUUGUGCGCCUAAGUUCGGUGGAUAUGUUGCUACAUUCUGGGGAAGAUCAAACGGAUAGAGGCCUACCAAGUCCGGGUACACCGGUCCAGUCUUCGGGUAACAUGGCUUCGAAUUUCAUGAACAAUUUAUUGCAAUCGGUAAAUGCCUCUGGGAAGAAAGAUCCCAAUGGUGGCAUGCAGGGUAAUGGUGGUGGCGGAGGAGGUGCCGAUUCCAAAGGUGGAGGUUUCAUGACCCUGGCGCCCAAACGUAGACUACAAAAAGCCUUGGCCAAAAUGAAUUUGUUACACAAAAAUGUCACCGGGCUGCAGGCCUCGAAUUUAAAUGACAGCAGUGAUGCUCUACUCAAUGUGGCAU